AUUCAGAUCACCGUUAUCACCAUUAAUUAGGUAAGAUUUUCAUAUUUGUUGAAGAAAUAAGCUUUGGAUACCGGUGAUUUGGUAAACUGCCCUGCAAAACUGCUCUUUUUCAAAGAUUUCGACCAUUCUAAAGUCCUUCAAAGAAAAAUUAACAGCCAAUUGAACUCCGCUCUAAUACUCCAAGACAUACUGAAAUACUAUUAGAACUGUCACGUUUUAAAAUAAAAGCAGCAGCUAUCGAUAAGCCUUAGUGAUCUUAUUUGUCAGGAAUAGGAAAAAAGUUAAAAAACUGGAAAAACUGAAGAAGCAUCUACAGAUCAUGUCAUCGAGCAUUUCAAAAGACGGUAGUAUUCCUGCCAUUACAGGGGAAAUUGAUUAUUCAAAAGCCAUUCACAUAUUUCCAAACAUCUUACAACCUUAUAGAUCAACAAUGAUUGCAUAUGGAUCUUCGUUUGUCGCUACAACAAUCGGAUUUCCUCUAGAUACCGUUAAAACAAGAAUGCAAACCCAUAAAAAUUUUAAGAGUUAUUUUGAUUGUAUAAAGAAAACUUAUAGAAAUGAAGGUACCAAAGGAUUUUUCAGAGGUAUUUGGGCUCCUCUUAUCUCUACUUCCUUCUCCAAAUCUUUUAGUGUUUUUUUAUUCACAAGUGUUAAACCUUAUACUUACGAUACCAUUUAUGGUGAUGAUACCAAGAAUGGAUUGGCUUUAACCCACCCCUUCAUUACAAACAUCCCAGUUUGUUUCUUCAGUGGCUGUAUUGCUGGGGGUGGUGUUUCUUUAUUUGCAUGUCCUUUCGAAUUCACCAAAAUAUAUGCUCAAAUUGAAAAGGUUAUCAAAAAUAAAUCAUUUAAAGAUAUCCCAAAAAAUUUGGCUGCUCAAAAUGCUGAACUUACUUCUUCGACUUUGCAAACUGUUAAAAAUAUCGUAAAACAUGAAGGUGUUAGAGGUUUAUAUUCUGGUUUCAAAUAUCAUUUCAUCAGAGACUCGUUGUCUUCAGGUAUUUACUACUCCGUAUAUGAAUCGUUUAAAUGGGGUAUGAACAAUAUUAUUAAUAAAGAUCCAAACCAAUCCUCCCAAAUCUCUAUUCUUUUAGCUGGAGGAAGUGCAGGGAUCCUCUGUUGGUCUUUGAUUUUCCCAAUCGAUACUACCAAAUCUUUAAUUCAGAAAGAUGUUGUCACCAAUAUACUUCGUAAACAGCAAGGUUUAGAACCAAAUCCUCCCAAGAUAAGAAAACUUCAAAAAAUUGAACGAAGCUUAUAUAGAGGACUAGGUAUAUCAGUCACAAGAUCUUUCAUAGUGAAUAUGGUAUUUUUUAGCAGCUUUGAACUCGCUAUGGCUUAUAUUGCGUGA